GGUCACUCUGUUCUCCUUUCCCUGCUACCAAAACAUGGAAAUGGCACCCUCGGACAUCAUCAAACGCAUGCAGGAUGCAGCUGUCUCAUAUGACAAACAAGAACUUGGGGCCAGAGAGACUCUGCUCGACCUCAACCGCCAACUUCUCGCCGAGUUGGAAACUCCAACUGAUUUUAUACAGCGCAUCUGGUUUGCUACUGCUUCUCUGGGUGGUUGACUUGAAGUUGCAGCCAACAGGAAAAUAUUUCAACUUCUGCAAGGAGCGGAGAAUGGACUCACUACUCAAGCACUAUUUGAGAAGACCGGCAUUGCUGGGCCCUUGCUUGAGCGUUUCAUGAGACAUUUUGUCGCUCACAAAGUUGUCAGUUUCUCCAAGUCUACAGGCUGGCACCCCACAGCCCUUUCCAACACCCUCGCACAGGAGAAUUACCAGCAUAGCAUAUCAUUCUGUCAACGGGCUGCAGCAAAGUCUUUCUGUCGCUUCCCGGAUCACUUUAAGCAGGCCAACUAUCAGCAUCCCGGUCUAACAGAUGGCCCUUACCAAUAUGCUCAUAACUCGUCCUUGCCUUUCUUCGACUGGCUGGCAGCAAAUCCCCCUUUUGUCAACUUAUUUGGAUCUUUCAUGUCUGUGUAUAGAGCUGGAAACACAGACUGGUGGACUUUCUACCCUGUUGAAGAACGUCUAUCCUCUGGCUUUGACACGAAUAUCAGUGAUGUGUUUCUCGUUGACGUUGGAGGCGGCUGUGGCCAUGACUUGUUAUCUUUCUCAAAUAGCAUCAAACCACCAGGCCGUUUGAUACUCCAGGAUCUUCCAGAAGUCAUAGCAGAUGUGGCCGACAAAUCAGUCUUUGAGACUCAAAAACACGAUUUCUUCACUCCCCAACAAGUUCAACACGCACGAGCAUACUUCUUGCACUCUAUUCUCCACGACUGGAGUGUCGAGCAUGGAGUGCAGAUCCUGAAGAACCUGAAGCCUGCACUGAAACCUGGAUAUUCCAAAGUUCUCAUCAACGAGAUAGUCUUGUCCGAGGAGAACCCUUCCGUGCCUGCUACGAGUAUGGAUAUGAUGAUGCUGGGGCACAUCGGUGAGGCUUGUGAGCGUACUGAAGAGACUUUCAGAGCGAUUGUGGCAGAGGCAGGGCUUGAGGUUGUUGGUGUUUACUCCAAUGCUGCUUCUCCGGAGAGUGUCAUUGAAGUCAUGCUACCUUGUUCUGACAGUGCACUGGAAGAGAGCAAACUGUAAGAACUCAUAUCACGUAUCGAGUUUCUUCAGUGUUUCAGUGUCUAAGUUGGUUUGAUUUUUGACAGCUUCGACAGGAUAGAACUGAGAUCUAAACCUCUGCCUCACAAUGCUUCUUUUCUCAAUUUUGAUGUCACCAAGAGACAUAGACACAAAUCUAUGUCAAAAUGUUCCUCAGAAAUGGCUAAUUAAGUUCUUUGAAAUACAGGGUCGGCCAACAAGUAAGGAAAAUGAAUGUAGAGCAAUUGCACAGUUGAUGAGCCAAUGGCACGAUAUUCAGGUCGAUGUCAAACAAAGACUACUCGACCUAUCAUAGGCUCAAUGAAGACCUGGAAACACAAAGCAUACAUAACCAACCUGGCUCGGGAACCUCGGAUAGUCGAAUGACUUACGACGCUUUUGUUAAUAAGCGCAGUGAUAGCAUAAUCGUUGACUCCGAGUUGUCCGUUAAGCGAAAGAUAGAGUUUGCAACGGCGUUGAAAAACUAUACGGAUAUACUAUCCACCAAGCAGAAAACAGUAUUUCGACUAGGAUAUCCCAGCAUAGCGUCUUUCUAAAUGAAAUUACUAUGCUC